GGCCGUCGGGCUUGAGGCUGUGCCGCGGCGUGGGAAAGCGCCUCAGAGAGGGUUCGCUCUGUUGGCGGUGCGGAGCCGAGCCGGAACCCCCCCGGAUUUAUUUAUCUCUGCCCCCACUUCGGCUAUAAGCUGCGCGGCGUCUUGCGCCCGCGAUGAAGCGACCUUGCGAGGAAACUACCUCAGACAGCGACAUGGACGAGACUAUAGACGUGGGGAGUGAGAACAACUACUCGGGGCAAAGUAAUAGUUCUGUUAUUCGAUCAAAUUCCCCAACAACAACAUCUCAGAUUAUGGCCAGAAAGAAAAGAAGAGGGAUAAUAGAGAAAAGGCGCCGUGAUCGUAUAAAUAACAGUUUAUCAGAGCUGAGGCGGCUUGUGCCAACUGCUUUUGAAAAACAAGGAUCCGCCAAAUUAGAAAAAGCGGAAAUACUGCAAAUGACAGUAGAUCAUCUGAAGAUGCUGCAGGCGACAGGAGGUAAAGGUUACUUUGACGCUCAUUCCCUGGCCAUGGAUUUCAUGAGCAUUGGCUUCCGCGAGUGCUUGACAGAAGUCGCGAGGUACCUGACUUCAGUGGAAGGUCUCGACACAUCCGACCCCCUGCGUGUUAGACUCGUGUCUCACCUGAGCACCUGUGCCUCUCAGAGGGAAGCCGCCGCCAUGACCUCCUCCAUGGCCCACCACCACCACCCCUUGCACCCUCACCACUGGGCAGCUGCCUUCCACCACCUCCCGGCCGCUUUGCUGCAGCCGAACGGACUCCAUGCCUCUGACGCCGCCCCGUGCAGACUCUCCUCAGACGUGCCGCCCCAUGGCUCUGCCCUGCUCACGGCCACCUUCGCCCACGCCGAUGCCGCCCUCAGAGUCCCCUCUGCUGGCAGUGUCGCUCCCUGUGUCCCUCCUCUUUCUACCUCCCUCUUGUCCCUCUCGGCUACUGUUCAUGCCGCAGCUGCAGCAGCUACGGCCGCUGCCCAGAGCUUCCCCCUCUCCUUCACCAGCGCCUUCCCCAUGCUUCCCCCCAGCGCCGCCGCCGCCGCCGUGGCUGCAGCGACGGCCAUCACCCCUCCGUUGGCCGUGUCAACCACCGCCAGCCCUCAGCAGGCUGGCAGCGGGGGCAGCACUAAACCCUACCGACCUUGGGGGACUGAAGUUGGAGCUUUUUAAGUCCCCGCUCUCACUUCCCGGCCCGGCUCCCUCCUCUCCCUCGGCACACGUGCACGUGCCCACACCCCCACGUGCCCACACGCCCCCGUGCCCACACACCAGCCUCUGGGACACGAAGGGCCUGAGAGGUGCCGGCGAGCCCAUGAGGAGCCCUCAUCGUCUCAGGCCUCCGAGAGGACAUGGGGUGAUGAUUUCUUCUUCUUCUUCUUCUUCUUCUUCUUCUUCUUCUUCUUCUCAGUUUGUUUUGCUGGAGGCACCCUGAGGGACCAGCAAUGGCUUUCGUAACAGCGUGACCAUAUCGGCAUGUAGAGGUUUCCUGGGAAAUACGUAGGAAUACGUAGACAUUAGAACUAAUAAUUCUCCAGCUAUGCAUCCUCGUUUGGCAGAGAGAUGAGGGAUUGCACCUACCAGGUCUCCCCAGGCUAGAAAAAGAGUUUGAAUUUUCCUAAGUGCCUGACAUUGAAAAAAUAAUAAAUAAAUAAAAAGAUAUAUAUAUGUGUGUUCUGCUAAAACAAAUAACAUUGCACAGGGAUGGAAAUGAUAUGGGAGAGAGGCGAAAUCCUGCAUUCAACUUCAGAACUAGGAUACCUUUCCAGGGAAGAGCGUGCUCUUGAAGAGGAGAGGGUUUUUUAGCCAAAAGAUUGCCAAGGAAGAAUGUUCACUUUGACAGGCUUAGUUCUUGCUUCCUUAGUUUGCUUUCUUUGUACAGACUUGCCAAAUUGUGACAUCUAGCAUAGCAUUGGUAAAAGCAAUUAUCUUAUCAGUGCUGGGAUUAAUGAACGUUUCAGCACUGCCUGCAAGCCUUGAGGCACCCUUUCUUAUGGCUAAAAUAUGGUGCUAGCUCAUAUCUGCACAAGCGGUGAAUUUUUCAUGCACCCAGAAGUAACCACCUUUUUAAAGUGUGCACACUCUGAUACGGUUGAUUCAUGCCAAUACAAGAGACUCAGUGUUGUAAGAUUUCACAUUAAUUUAUUUAGCUGUAUUUGGACAUUUACUUUUAGCUGAUUCUGUGCAAGAUCCCUCUUUUUUUUUCACUAUCAGCUUCUGGGAGAAUGAUCACUCUGGGUAUGAAUGAAGUUAUGGUAGGGACGAUUUUUAAAUUGGCUAUUAACACGCCAACAUUGUAAUGUGGGUUUGAUUCCAAACCAAAAUGAAUGUAUUAAAGGGGAUGUGAGUAAAUUAUUUUGUCAAUACCCAGACAAUUAGUGCUGCAUAAAAUGGUUUGCUUUCAUUUUUUAUUACAGUGACUUAAAAUAACCUAAGUAUUUUAAUACAUUCAGUCAAGAACUAGAGAUUUUAUGUAAAAAAAAUUAAAAAAAUAAAAAUAAAACACAGCAUGUAUUAUUAUGCACUUGAUUUCUCUGCUGUGUGGAGAAAGCAAUAAGCAUUGAGAAUGUUAAACAUUAUGCAAAAUAUACUUUAAAAUAUUUGUUUUAAAAAUACUGUACCUAGUCGGUCUUUUAUGCAUUACUUUGUUAACCUUUUUUCUAUGCAAAAGUCUUUACAUAUCACUAAUUAAACGAAGUCCUUUUUGACUGCGUUUUAUG